AUGGAUUCUAAUAAUCCCUUCUUUCAGUCUUCUUCUUACUUCAACUUGCUUAACAGUCAAGAAGAAGGUGGUUUAAAUGAUAACUUUCAUUGGGAAAGUUAUCCACCUUCUGGACAGAGCUCACAACCUUCUCCUCACAGCUCCCAACCUUCUCCUCACAGCUCCCAACCUUCUCCUCACAGCUCGCAAGAAACACCAAAAGAGCGCAAGGAGAGAAAGACAUGGACACCUGCUGAUGAUGAAGUCUUGAUCUCCGCAUGGCUCAACACUUCAAAAGAUCCCAUCGUUGCAAAUCAACAAAAGGGAGGAAGCUUCUGGAGCAGGAUUCAAAAAUACUAUUGUGACACUCCUCACGCUAGAAACGGUGGGGAACAGAUGCUGGUGACACAUUGCAAGCAGCGUUGGCACAAGAUAAAUGACCAUACUAACAAGUUCUGUGCCGCAUUCGCAGCUGCGGAGAGACAGAACAGCUCUGGUCAUUCUGAAAAUGAUAUCAUGAAGAAUGCACAUGAUAUCUACUUCGCUGCCCAUAACAAGAGAUUCAACCUUGAACAUUGUUGGUUUCGUUUAAGGUUUGAGCAGAAAUUUCUAUCCCUUAACACUAUUAACACGACCCCAGCUCAGCCUGCAACAAAGAGGAAACAAGCUGGUGAAGGUUCGCAGUCAUCAAGCUGCAGUGUUGAGGAGUCUGAGAAGAGGCCAGAAGGGAUCAAGGCUGCCAAGGCGAAGAGGAACAAUGCUCAGUCCACAAACGUGAAGACUCUUGCUGAGUAUAAGAGCAUGUGGGAUGUCAAGAAAGAGGAAUUAGCUGAAAAGGAGAAACUACAGAAGCUGGCCAUCCUAGACACUCUCCUAGCCAAAAAAGAACCCUUGAGUGCGAGUGAAGAAAUCAUCAUGAACAAGAUAGUGUCCCAGUAUUUCUGA